AUGGGUCAGAGGCCCAGAGUCGGAUGCACCCUGCAGCCAGCAAGCAAAUGCAAAGAUGAAAUCGAUCCAAUCAGAAUACACACGGUUCAGCCCCCAGAGCACUCUUCCCUGUUGUGGCUUGAUCUUAAUUGUGGCGUUGAAUCCCGCCACAAGGCUGCCAUCAGCUUGCCGCCUCGUCCCACUUGCAACAUCGAAGCGCUCCAUCGCGACCUCAUCCGUCUCGACCAACCCACGAUGUCGGCAUCACCUCUCGUCGUCCGCGCGACCGACGCCCUGAAGCCCGCGGGAUCGGUCGGCUCACCCUUUCGAAAUGUCUCCUCUGCCCAAGCCUCCUCUGGCAACGGCACCCCGCAGCCCCCCAAGGACAAGAAGGCGGCACUGGUAGCGACCACGGCCCCGACUCUGGACCUCGCCGAGCAGAUGAACGAGGAGGAGAAGAGGAAAUACGUUAAGGGCAAGAAACUCGGAGAGGGUACCUACGCCAUCGUUUUCCUUGGCCACUUGCGCUCAAACACGUCGUCUCUCGUCGCCAUCAAGAAGAUCAAGGUCCAGAAAGAAUACCAAGAGGGCAUGGCACCGGACGCCGUGCGUGAGCUCAAACACCUCCAGGAGCUCCAGCACCCCAAUAUCAUCUCCCUCCUCUCCGUUUUCUCCUCGAAGGACCAGAACCUCAACCUUGUUCUCGAGUAUCUGCCCCUCGGCGACCUCGAGAUGCUGAUCAAAGACACGACCAGCGUCCGCUAUGGUGCCGCCGACAUAAAGGCUUGGAUGGGCAUGCUGACUCGUGGCGUGUGGUUCUGCCACGAGAAUUUUGUCCUGCACCGUGACAUUAAGCCUAACAACUUGCUCAUCGCCGCCGACGGCGAGGUGAAGCUGGCCGAUUUCGGUCUCGCGAGAAGCUUUGCCGAUUUGUACCAGGUCAUGACGAACCAAGUCAUCACUCGGUGGUACCGCCCGCCCGAGCUGCUUUUCGGCGCCAAGCACUACAGCGGCGCCGUCGACGUGUGGAGCGUCGGGUGCGUCUUUGCCGAGCUCAUCAUCCGCGCCCCGUACAUGCCCUCCGAGACGGAGGUCCAGCAGAUCUCGCUCAUCUGCCGCGCCGUCGGCACCCCGACGGAAGAGAAUUGGCCCGGCGUGACGAAGCUGCCCGCCUACACGGUGCCCGACGACGCCGAGCCCGUCAAGGGCAAAGACUUUUACCAGGCCAUGUUCGGUACGGUGGGCCCCGAGGGCGUCGACCUGCUUAUGAAAACGUUCGUCCUCGACCCCAAGAAGCGCAUCACUGCACGAGACAUGUUAAAGCACAACUGGUGGCGCACCGAGCCCAAGCCCACGCGCAAGGAGGACCUUCCCAAAAAGGGCGGCGGCGAAGAGAAGAUGGGCGCGGAUCUGAAGCGCCGGCCCGGUCUUGUCGACGAGGACAGAGGUUCCAGGGUCGCGCGCAAGCUGGACUUUGGCCAAUGA